AUGUCCCGAUACCGUGCUGACCCUCGCUACUCCGAGGGCAACCUGCCCUACCGUGAUCCUCCCCCUCAACGAUGGGACACCGACCGCUUCGUCCGAGAACGAGAGAUUCGUGCCUCUCCUAUCAUUGAUCAACGUCCUCCCUACGCCGAUUACCCUCCCCGUCGCGCUCCAGUCUAUGAGGAACAGAAAUACUACGAAGAUGAUCGAUAUGGCCCUCGCGGGGCAAAUGAGCGCAGAUAUUUUGAAGAGACUGACUACUACGACCCACGCAACCAACGGGGUCAACUGGUCCCGUAUGCUCCCGAACGACCGGCCAGACCUGAAGCACCACCACGACCUGGAAUUAUUCGGCGACAAUCCAGUUUGGAUACCUUUGAUCGCCAGCCAGCCAGGCGCUUCAACGACUAUGAUGAUAUGUACAGGCCGCAAAGGGUGCCUCCUCCGAGAGAGCUGAUUCCUGUUCGGCCGCCGUCACCAAGGCGAUACCCAAGAUACGACGAUCGUUACUAUGAUGAUAUUCGUGUCCAAGACCCGGACUACUAUGGAGAUGACGGUUUUAGAGAGUACCGGGAGCGGGAAUGGGUCUCGCGAAGGAGGAGAAACAGCAGUCCCUCCCCCGAACGCCGAACAGUCAGAGGAGAAUUUGUCGAAGAGGUCAAGGAAGAGAUCAAAGAGGAAAAGCCAUAUCCUCGCCGUGGAAAGACUCGCAUGCCGAAGCGACUCGUGCACACCAAAGUCUUGUUUGAUCUAGGUUAUCCAUAUUACGAAGAGGACGAGCGAACAAUCAUCAUUGAAAAAGCUUUGGGUCCCGACAACAUUGACGAAAUUUUCACAAAGAGCAAAGAAUAUCGUGAGCGAGAAGUGACCACCACUCGACUCAUUGAGGCUCCUCCUGCCGAAGACGUGGUCUUCGAGAAGAAGGAGAAAGUCGAAGAGAUCAAGACAGUUCCGCUGUCUGAAGCUCCUCGAUCGGUCCGUGAAUGGGAUGGCCUCUCAGUCCGAUCUCCGUCUCCCCGGUCGCAUCGAUCCCAUUCUCGCAGACGAUCACGCCGAGGAUCUUCCCCGGGCGUGGUCAAGGAGACCGUCGUUGAAAAGAAGGAGGUUGUUAAAGAAGUAUCUCCCGCACGAACUCGCCGAUCGAAAAGCGCCCGUCGCAGGAGCUCGUCUGUUAGUGAUGAAACCAUCAUUGAACGGAAGAUCACCCACGAAGCGGAAUUUGAUGAUUCCAAUUCGGUUCAUGUUGGCCCUCUGGCCCUAGUGGUUGACCGGAAGCCGCCUCGCAGCGAGCGUGACAUCAAAGAGGAAAUCCGCAUUCUCGAAGCCGAACGCCGGGCUCUGAGACGGGAGAGAAGAUACGAACGCGAAGGGGGUACUGAAAUCGUCAAGGUUGAGCGAAUCCAUGACAGAUCUCCAUCGCCUCGUGGAGAAGUCAUCAUUGAAAGACGAGGCGAUGAAAUCCUAGAAGUCAAAAAGGACCGGAGAGGUAGGAUGUCGUUGAUCGCCAAGUAA